AUGGCGAGCGAAAACUUGAUGCAGCUGGCUCAAAUUCUCAACGCGACCUUGGAGUUGGAUGCUUCCGUCCGGAAAGCCGCCGAACAACAGCUUUUGGGGCUCGAAAUGCAACAAGGUUUUGGGGUAAUGUUAAUCGAGUUGGUGGUGAAUAAUGAGGCGCCAGCCGAGAUUCGUAUAGCUGCCGCUGUGGCUCUCAAGAACUUUGUGAAAAGAUUAUGGAGUGAUCACGUUGAACAAGAACUACCAGAAACCGAGCAGAAGACGAUUCGAACGGCCGCUUUGCAGGCAAUGCUCGCUAGUCAAGGAAAUAUCCGAAGUCAACUUUCGCAUACAGUCUAUCUGAUGGCUAAGAAAGAUUUCCCUGAACGAUGGCCCGAUUUGGUUUCUUCGCUCGCCGUUCUGUUAACACAAGAUGAUUUCGACAAAAUUGUUGCAACACUUUCCACUUUAGAUCAAUUGUUUGAAAAAUACAGGCAUGAAAGCAAGUCAACCGAACUUUGGACCGAAUUAAAGAUCUGUUUGAUUGCCACUCAGGAACCGCUAACGACACUUUUUAUCAAGAUGGCUGCGUUUAUUCCUCAAAGGGAACAGAUGAACGUGAAAGACGUGGGAUCUUGGUUAGAGAUUCUUCUCUUCAUUUCUCACAUUUACCAUUCGUUGAUCAGCCAAGAUCUACCGGAAUUUUUUGAAGACAGCCUGGGCCCUUGGAUGGACGGCUUUUUAAAACUUCUCACCAUCACCGAAGACAGAAUUACUAGCGCUGCCGGGGAACCCACAGCUCUUGACAAAAUCAAAUCUGAAAUCUGCACAACUGUCACAUUGUAUGCACAACGAUACGAAGAAGAGAUUCGACCGUAUAUGGAACCGUUUACGCAAGCGAUUUGGAAUCUUCUGGUGCAAACCGGCGUUGAAACAAGGUAUGAUGGUAUGGUCUGUGCGGCUUUGGAUUUUCUGUCAGCAAUCAGCGAGCGCCCUCAAUAUGAAUCGAUGUUCCAAAGUGAAGAAGUUCUCAAAACAAUCGCAAUCGAUGUGGCUGUCAAAAACCUUCGUUUGAGGGAGGAGGAUAUCGAGAUGUUUGAGGAUGAGCCACUUGAGUAUAUGAAAAAGGAUAUUGAAGGGACGGAUACGGGAACCCGGCGAAGAGGUGGAAUUGACCUCGUUCGGAGUCUCUGCAAAAGAUUUGAACCACAAAUUGCGGCCAUUCUAUCACAGGAGAUUGCAUCUAAAAGCGGCAACAACAAUUGGUAUGAGAAAGAUGUAAUUUAUUGUCUGGUCACUGCUAUGGCAUCAAAGGGAGAAACUCAUAAAAGUGGAGCAACUAACACGAGUACGCUGAUUGAUAUUCCCCAAUAUUACCGCAGCAACGUACAUUCUGAUUUGGUCACCGAUAUCAAUUCAAAUGCGAUUUUGAAAGCUGAUGCAAUCAAGUUCUUGGUUACAUUCCGCAAUCAAAUUGCGCCCGAGGACAUCGUUGCAUCAAUUAAUGUGUUGUUGGCACUCUUGGGCAGUACCAAAACACAGGUGCAUAAAUAUGCUGCCUGGGCUUUGGAGCGGUUACUUAUCAUGAGAAUCAACGGGCAGCCAAUCUUUUCAUCGGCGAACGUCCAAGUGGCGCCACUUCUAACAGCACUUGUUAGCUGUUUUGAUUCUGAUCCAAAGGCCGAAAUGUCUCCUUAUUUGAUUAAGGCAUUGAUGAGAGUCGUUGGCGUAAUGGAUGCUUCAACGGCGUCGGCUGGUGGACAAAUAGCUGCUCGUCUAGUGACAAUGGUUGAGACGGCGAUCAAGAAUCAAGCAAACCCAGUUCAUACCCAUUUCCUCUUUGAAACAAUGUGCAUCCUGAUUAAAAAAGCUUCUUCUCAUGUUGCUGGCGGUCUAGAUUCAUCGUUAUUACCGCUUGUUGAAACAAUAUUGGCCCAAAAUCUCGAAGAUUUAAUUCCAUAUGCUCUACAAAUAACAGGCGUCUUGCUACUGACUUGCAUCACUCGGGAUGCACCCAAGGAUGCGUACUUCGGAUUUUUGGGAUUUCUCUUGCGACCCGAGCUAUGGGCGAGAUCUUCGAAUGUCCCCGCAGCCUUGUAUUUGAUUGAAAUCUACUUGAAGGCAGCACCUGAGCGAGUCAUGAACGAGCAUGGAACGACUAUCUUUGCCCAAUACACUAGACUGAUUGCUUCUAAAAAUCUUGACAAGUAUGGUUUUCAGCUAGCCUUUGCUGUGUUGCCGAGCAUGGAAUUUGCCAAUGGGGUGACUGAACCCUACGCCGUGCUUUUCAAUAACAUGCUCAAACGUCUGCAGGGUAGUCGAACACCUAGCUUUGCAAAGAACUUUUUGAUUUUUCUUGCCAAGUUUGCCAUUAUUCUUAAUGCUUCUACUUUGGCUCGGGCUCUUGAAUCAAUUCAAUCUGGCCUCUUUUCAAUGAUUAUGCAACGUGUUGCCGGUCCUGGUUUUGAGGAGUUCAAGAAUCUGACAACAACCGAAGAAAAGCGGACAAUUGCCAUAGGAUACGGAACAAUUUUCAGAGACUGCUCACAAAUGUUAGGAGAAUCGCGAAUUCCACUCGCUCAAAGCGUACUUCAACUUUUGGAGGCGCCAGCUGUGACAGCAAAUUUUGGUUUAACGAUAGAAGAUGAGCAGGUGUCAAUGUACAAUGCCGAAGGAGAAUUUGUGAAUCCCUUCAGCAAAUUGGCCUCCGCCGGAAAGGAAGACGUGUUGGCGCCUAACAUUUCGGAUCACAAAGGCUUUUUCACCGAGUGCAUGAGGGUC